UUUAUGGCUUGCUGUUAGAUCGCGGUAGCACAUUGGUUGAUACUACCAGAUUGAGAUUAAAUAUUGCUAAAUAUAGUUAUAAAAAAAGGUGGUAGAGCAAACUUUAACAAGUUUAGUCGUAUUUACUAAUUAUUUUAAGGAAAAGACCUACAUCAUAUGAAACUACUGCCCAAGUUAUUUGUUAAAAAAGAAUUUUCGGCAAAGAACUCCGAACAAAUUAACAACUUACCGGUGGACUUUAAUUCUGACGGUCUAGUUUUUUUGGAAUCUGAUCAUGGGGAUGGCUUGUUAUUCUCGCAAGAUGGAAUUUCAAGUCGUACUCUCUCUGUUACUGUAAAUACUUUACUUAGACGACCAAAAAAACGUUAUUGAGUGUUUCCAUGGUAAUAUAACUCGUCCAGAAGCCGAAAGGUUACUGUUAGUGCUAGGAAAAAGUGGUGCCUACUUGUUGAGAAAGAGCUCUCGCCAUACGCUUAUCUUGUCAGUUAAAGGCACCAAGCUUUUUUAUGUAUAACUGAAAAAUUAAAUGAUCUUGUGCGCCAGACGAGUUUGACUCUGUGAAGCACUACGUGAUAAAAGAUUCUGAGCGUAACUCGAUGUAUAUUAUAAAAGGGGAGUAUUUCAAAAAUAUUAACGAGUUGCUGCUGCACUACCGCGAAAGUCAAGGGGUGCUAUGCUGUAGGUUAACCUUGGCGUGCCCAAGCGACCUUGUGCCUUUCAAUGUAAAAAGAAAAUACGAAGUAGCGCGCAGCUUAAUAUUUGUCGAAAAGGAGUUGGGAGUGGGACAAUUUGGCACAACUUACCUAAGCACCUACAAGAGACAAAAGGUGUUUAUUAAAGCUCUUAAGCCAAAUACUCUUCCUCCGCACUUAUUUUUUAUUGAAGUAUUGUUUUUGGUGAAACUUGAUCAUCCCAAUAUUAUAAAAGUUAAGUGCAUCUGUACCGACGAAUUUCCGCUUUUAAUAGCUUUAGACUACUGCCCCGAAGGGAAUCUCCGUGAACAUCUAAAGCGGAAAACUGGGAAUAAUCAGUUGACUUGGAAAGAAAAAGUCAAAAUAGCCCGUCAAUGCGCCUCCGGGAUGCAGUACGUCGAGCAGAAGAAAAUACUGCACAGAUCUCUUCAGGCAAAGAACGUCUUUUUGACUAAAGGUGGGCAGUGCGUCAUCAGCGGUUUUGAUCUUGCGUGUCUCCUCGGUGAACCACAGUCCUUCCAUGAUAUGAUGCUGCAGGGGUUUAGACACCACAACCUCGUUUCUCGGAAACAUAUGGCCCCCGAGCUUCUAAAAGACAGCGAAAAGCACAUAUCCUUAAAGUCGGACAUUUGGUCUUUUGGUGUACUUUGCAUGGAAAUUGCCCUUGACGGAGGAGACCUAUACGACGACCUGGGAGAUGAAGAUCUUUUAAGAGCGCUGCUGGCUGGAUUUCGUUUACCGUCACCAGAAAGCUGCCCCUGCUCAUACACUCAGAUGAUGCAUGAUUGCUGGGAGCUGGACCCUGAAAAACGCCCCGCUUUUAAUAAGUUAACAGAGCUUUUAAAACAAAUUGAACAAGAAGUGGCAAAGUGUUGAGAUCUUAUAAUAUUUAA